GUGUCCGCGAGGAGGGUAGAGCUGUUCCACUCCGUGCUCGCGCGCAGGCAGGAGCAGCGCUCAGAUGUUUUCAUUCUGAACUUAAAAGGUCGCGAGAGCAGGACGUUGACGAGCCGGACUCGAGGAAGAAAAGUCUAGCCGUUUACUUUGUGUGUCCAUUUAUUUCCUCGUAUUUCCUACCGGCGUAAUGUCAGUUUGUCGGGCCGGUUUGGUGCUCCUGUGCGCGGUGUUGGCGGUGACUCGCGCCCGCAAGAGUUCACCGGAGCAUGAGGAUGUCCAGGAGAAAAUCAACAGCGCGAGAUGCACGUCCAGGUGCCUCACUCUGCACAUGACUCAACUAACCGCUUCCUUCAGGCACCUCCAGAGUGACCAAGUACUGGUUUGGUGUGAAAGCCACAGACGCUGUGCGCAGUGUCUUCAGCCAUGCAAAGAACUGUGGGAAACCAGGAAGGUGCUCUCUCCAAAGUCCUGUGAGAAGCAGACAGAGUGUGUGACGAGCAGGGAGUUCCUGACCUCUCUGAGGUCGUCUCGUCAGGGUGACUGCCCUCCGCCUCAGCGAGCCACCGGAUUUGCUGCAGCCUGCGUAGAGAGCUGCUCGUCAGACCAGCAUUGUCCCUCCCCCAGGAAAUGCUGCUUUAAUAGCUGUGGACACACUUGCCAAGCCCCAGCCAAUCUAUAUAAAGGUGUUCCUCUGAAGCCUCGCAGAGAGAUGAGCUUUGUGGAGGAUUCGGAGGGUCAUGUGAAGGUGGUGUGGGUGUCAAAGUUCAAUGUCAGCGUGGAGCCGAUCGUUUACAUGCUCCAGUCCCGCUGGAAUGUUGGGAUUCAUCCCAGUGAAGACCAUGCCUCUCCAUGGAUUACUGUUGCCACGACCCUUUCUGAAGAUGUGGUUCUGUCAGAUUUGAGACCUCAGCGCUGGUACCAGUUCAGAGUAGCAGCCAUCAACAGCCAUGGCAGCAGAGGCUUCACGACACCCAGCAAACACUACAUCUCCAGUAAAGAUCCCUCACCUCCAGAACCUCCAAUAAAUAUCAGAGUGAGCAACCAGACUCUAGACUGGACGGGUUCACAACCAGGAACCCAGUUCACUGAAAGGUUGAGGGGAAGUGGGGUCACAGUGGCGGUCUUAUUAAGCUGGGAACCCCCCAGAGAGGGAGACCUGCCAGUCCACAACUACAGAGUUACCUGGAUGUCUCGACAUGCACACACAGCGCACAAACACACACACACACUGCAUGCACACACACGUACAGUGAACAGUAACAUGCACACACGUCCUACACACUCACGCACACCAGAACAGGGUAAAAAGGAGAGCAACAGCAGAGUGACUCAGGGGGCACAGUGUGAGUUGUGGCUGCAGGGUCUGCUGCCUGCUACAUCCUACUUCCUGUCUGUCCAGACGGUGGCCUACUGGGGUCAGAAGAGGCUGAAAAGUCCCAGAGCCCAAAUUGUCUUCACCACAAUAACUCAUGCAGGCGAAGACUUUUCCAAUGAGCUCCCUUCUUCCUCAUCUCUUCCCUCCUCUCCUUCCCUCUCAUCGUCCUCCCCUUCUUCCUCUGACCUCCCCCUCUCCUCCUCUCUGCCUCACCCUGAAUCCCCCCUUAACCCUGUCAACCCUGGCAGCCUACGCCUGGAGGUCGCUGCCCCUCAUUACCAUGACAACCAGCUGCAGGUCAAGGUGUUCUGGAAGUGGCCUCCCCAUGGCAGACAGAGACACCCUGGUCCAUACAUUUUGCGGUGGCAUCCACAUACCUGCAGUACUAAUGUUACAAGCACAGAGAGAACAACAACUGUGCAGGGCACCCAUCACACCAUAACAGGCCUGCUGUUCGCCUGUAAGUACUGGGUCGCCGUAGCAAUGAAGGCUGACCCGGGGUCAGAGGCUGUUGCCUGGGUUACAACCCCGACUUGCUCCUCCAUCAGGGUCAGAGGAGGCAAAGCUUUGCCCUGCAACACUGAGGAGCGCCUCCUGUCAGGCAGAAAGGUGGUACUUCGUCCAGAACGACUGACUGCAGACUUUCAGCAAGUCAAUGGCACCCUACUCACUACGCUUCGCUGGAGGAUGUCCCAGCAUGCACUGGACCCAGCAGCUGUGGAGGGGUUCCAGUUCACUUGGACGUUACAAUCAGGGGUUACCACGGCAACAGAAGGGCAGGAAGACACACUUAUCUCCCAGACGCAGACAAUCGCACCGUCUCAGCGGUCGGUGUCAGUUCGUGGUCUUCAGGCUGACAGUGUUUACCAGCUGCAGCUCCAGGUGCUAACAGCAGGGGGCACCAAUGGUGCUGCAGUCUCCAAGACCAUACAUACUCCAGCUAUCAAUGUGGCACUUUGAUAGGCCCAAACCCCAUGGCUGUCACCGUCCGCUGCACCACAGUCAUCUUUACCAACAUCCACUUCUCCACUCUCUUCCACAGUGCAACAUGGUUUCAUUGCAGUUCAAGUGCAGAAAACAUGACCAAAGCUGUAAAAUAAAGAAAGUCUCACUCUCUCACAUGAACAGUAUUUCCUACUCUGACUGUGUUGUUUCUUUUUUACUUUAAUCACUUUUCAAACAUCAGGAAGGUUGUGAGCUCACUCUAAUGGAAAAAAGCAUUAAUCAUUCAUUUAAUCAAUCAUUAAUUUGUCAGCUGAGCCAAAGGUUAGGGCCUAAGUCAAUAUUGUUUUGGAAAAAUUGUAAAAAAAAAACAAAAAACAAGGUGUCAGUUUAAAAGUACAAGGUGUCAGUUUAAAAGCACUAAGUACGUGCAGCGUAUCCUUAAACCAUAUUUUUUCAAUUUUUUAAUUAAAACUGCAGCAUUUUCCAAAUGAUUCCUGUUCGCAUUAGUGCCACAGUGCCGCAGCAUUGCAAGACAUGUAUGUGAAAAGUGAGACUCCUUGCACAGCUGUAUCUGUAAAUGUUUGGUGUCUAAUCGCCUGACAUCACUGGAGUCAAAUGACACUUGUAAAGAGACUUUAUUAUACCUGUUGUUUUUGAUCAUGCAAGUAGAGAAUAAUAUAGCACUGACCUUAUGUACAAAUACAAAUGUAUAGCAACAGAAUGACUGUGUGUCAUGCAUUGUAAAUUUCAAUGCAUAAUCUGCUGCAUUAUCGUUGGGGUCUGAGUUGGUAUGCUGAAGCCUUGAAGUAAGCUCAAAUAUAUUUUAAUAUUUUGUUCAUGUGUUUAAAAAAGCUAAUUCUUCACUCAAAUCUGUCUGAAGUUGCUUGUUUGAUACAUUUUGUGCAGCAUUCAUUUGCAUUAUGGUGCACCAAUUUCACUAAACAAUAAUAUGUGACAUUCUUACACAGUUAAUAUAGCUAUAGCCUACCUGUGGUAGAUUUCUUUGUCGUACAAAAGUCAUGGCAUUACUUUGAAAAGGUUGGAAACUACUGGUGUCAAGAAGCCAGUAGUUAUCAUGUUAAUAUUCUCCCCAUGUAACCUUUUUUGACAUUUUACUGUUGAUAAUUGUAUACUUAAUUCCAUUACUUUUUGACUGUUAGUUUUAUUUAUUAUUUUCCUGUCUUAGUUUUUUGUAAUUAAAGAUUAUCAAGAUACA